AUGGCAUUGAUGCUACGACGCACCGUCCAAUCCACAUGUCGUCAAAGUUAUAAGCGAACAUUAACAACUGCCUCCAAAAAGAAGAAUUGGACAGAGAACUUAGCAACGCCUGUUGCAGCAGAUAUGAUCGGCACACCAGAUCCAAUUUCAAAUCUUAGACCCGUAAAGUAUUAUAUACCGCCUAAUGAGACAGCAGAGGAGAAGGAAUGGCGAGAAUCAUGCCAACGAGUAGAUGCGUUCAACGAGGACUUUUGGCAAAAGAACAACACUCUAUUCAUGAAUGCCAAAGCAGAGUUUGAAGACCAAUUCAAAGCAAGAGGAGAGGAAGUGACAGCAGAGGCCAUGUCCAUGUUUUACAAGGACUUUUUGAACAAGGCCUACGAUCGCCAGAUGGAAUACAACCGCACCUGGUGGAAAAUGAACGUUGCUCAAUUAUACCCUGGAUUCAAAGCUGCCAUCCGCUCACUCAGUAAAUCAAAGCAUGAAACUGCUCAUGCCGCUCAGCUCAGCAAAGGGAAUGGUUUCUGGGAAAAAAGCUUUGAAUCAUAG